AUGUUUACAAGAUGGGCUGUCAAAGUUUUAUCCUUUGACAAGGUCGGAGAAGGAACUAAGAAGAGGAAGAAGAAGAAGACAAGAUGGAGACUGUGCGUCACCGAAAUGACAUUCAUUAUCAUUGCAUCAUAUCAUCACAACAUUUAUUUUGUAAUUUUUUUUGUUUGUUAUUUACAUCCCUGCUUACAUCUUGCAGAAAUCUCUUUCCGAGUGUGGCAAUGUGGGGGUAGUCUAGAGAUCAUACCAUGCAGUCGAGUGGGACAUGUCUUUCGCAAGAAACACCCUUAUACAUUCCCAGAUGGAAAUGCAAACACUUAUAUCAGGAAUACGAGAAGGGCAGCUGAAGUCUGGAUGGAUGAGUUCAAGGUUCUAUUCUACAAUGCCAGACCAUCUGCAAGAGGGAAAUUCUAUGGAGACGUGAGUGAAAGGAAAGAGCUGAGGAAACAGCUGAAAUGUCAAUCAUUUAAGUGGUACCUGACGAAUGUGUAUCCUGAGCUCAAAAUUCCUGGUCCUAAUGAGUUGGUGUACGGUCAGAUCAAGCAAGGAAACACCUGUUUGGAUUCCUCACCCCAUCCUACUGGGUCUGCAUGGCCUCCUGUCAUGGCAAGGUGCUCCAAGAAACAGAAACAUCAGUCUUGGAUAAUAACCAAAGACGACACAGUGGAGCAGGAUGCUACGUGUUUGACUGUAACCUCAACUCAUGUAGACUCUCGUGUUUAUAUCUCUAGCUGCCUUCCAAACGAUAUAAAACAGAAAUGGACGAGAGUGGACAACUCUCUCCAGCAUACUCUAAGCAAACUGUGCCUUGACAAUCAAAUACCCGACAAAGGGCUGAUAGUGAAGCAGUGUAACUCCAAGUCAAAAACACAAUCCUGGUUUAUACUACCUUCUUCCACUCUUAUCAGAGGUGAUCACUCGCUGAGGUGACCCUAGUGGAACAGGGUCGUAUGUCACUCUGAUCAGGGAGGUAUUACGGGGCAACUCACAAUUAUUCACCCAUAGACAGUAGAUGUAGGAUUAGAAAAUACAUUGAAUAAAUUAUGUGCCAAAAAUUUAUAAAUAUAUAUAUUUCACACUGCAGUUCGUUUCCAUACCAUUUGAUGGAGUUGAAAGGGCAAUCGGACUAAUCGCCCAUUGAUGCGUAGCAUUCAAUAGCAAUUUAUUUCCAACCUUUUACAUGAAGAAAUUUAGAUAAGAGUGUAUAUAAUUGUGGCUUUCUCUCGUGUUUAUCUCCCUGAUCAGAUCUUUUAUAUGUGUAUUUGAAUAUAUAUUGUAUGUAUCUCAGGACAGAAGAGGUUUCUAGAUGAGGUGGCCUGUACUCUGAGGUUUGUAUUUAUGAAAGCAAAACAGUCAAUUGCUGUAGUAGUGGAUUAACAAAAAGUAGUUGUGAAAUGAAAUUUCAUAUAUGACUGAAUACAUCUACAAAGUCUCUAUAAAGCAAAUUUACAGACAUAUUUUAUAAUCUCAGUCAUUAUAUUUAUGCUUAAUUGCAUAUGGACAUUAGAACUCUUUUUUUUUUUUGAGGGGGGGGGGGGGGGCGAGUUCAUUUAGUAAAACAUAUAGUUAUGUAACCUUUAAUAGGUUUGAUACUGUAAAUUUUUUCGGAUAUGUAAUCAUUGAAAUACAAUAAGUGCAAGCCUCAUCUUUAUAUAAAGACUGGUUGAAAACGAGUCCAGAUCAUUUUCAUAUAGAAUGUGUUGAAUAUGCCUUAAUACAGUGGAAGAAUUUGUUAGAUUGUAUAUAUUUUAUAGAAUUUAAAUUACAGUGUCAGUGAUUUUUUUGCUUUAAAUGUCUUCCUUGGAUCUUGCCUGUAAUCCUUGCAUAAUUAUUUCAAGUCAUGAUAGGGUUUGACA